CUCUUUCACACUUCCUCACUCAAAACUCAUUCAACCAAAAAAAAAAUAUCAAGCACUCUUUCUUAGAUCUUCUCUCUGGUUCUCUCACUGACUCUCAGUGCUUUUUUGGGUUAAUAGCUCUUUUAUUCAGAUCAGAAACAUAGCAUCGAAGAGAGAUAUGGCUCUAGAAGCUCUUAACUCUCCAACCACAGCCACUCCUCAGUUCCAAUUCGACGACGCUAAUCUCCACUGUCUUGAUUCAUGGACAAAGCGCAAGCGCUCAAAGCGUUCACGUUUUGAGAACCCAACUACUGAAGAAGAGUAUCUCGCUCUUUGCCUCAUCAUGCUCGCUCGUGGUGGAGUCACCGAACCCGCCACCACUUCCACCGAACCCCGACACCAAACUCCACCUCCUACGGUGACAUCUUCCGUCGCCACUACCACUACCAAUCCUACUUACAAGUGCUCAGUUUGCAACAAGGCGUUCUCUUCCUACCAAGCACUCGGUGGACACAAAGCCAGCCACCGAAAACUCGCCAGCGGCGGCGUCGGCGUCGGCGACGACCACUCCUCCUCCACCACAACCUCUGCCACCGCCACCACCACCACCGCCACAGCCACAGUCUCCAACAGCAGCGGUAGGUCUCACGAGUGUUCUAUCUGCCACAAGUCCUUCCCUACCGGACAGGCCUUGGGUGGUCACAAACGUUGUCACUACGAAGGCGGCAACGCCAGCCACAGCCACAGCGGCGUAACAACCUCGGAAGGUGUCGGAUCCACCCAAACAAACACCCACAAGCGUGACUUCGAUCUCAACCUCCCCGCUCUACCUGAGAUUUCACCUAAGUUCGUUUUCGGAGAAGACGAGGUCGAGUCUCCACUGCCAACAAAGAAACCUCGUUUCUUGAUGCCAUUGAAACUCGAAAUUUCUUGAAAGAUUAGUAAAAUUAGGAACUCCAAUCCAAAAGCUUCAUCAGGAAUUUAAUUAGAUGACUUAGUUUUAUUUUUAUUUUUAUUUUUUUUGUUCUUUAAUUUUGGUGGGUGGUCAGAUAUUAUUUUUCUGUACAUACAAGUCAGAACCUUGUACUCUGUUUUGCUUUACCCAGCUAAGUUUGUGAUAUUGGUAAUUCAAUUAUUUAAUUUUUUUUAAUGUUAUAAAUUAUAAUUCAAUCAAAA